UUCCGUACGUCAAACAAAUCUUUUCUUUUCCGACCCAGUCAAGAUGGGUAUCAGUCGUGAUCAUUGGCAUAAGCGGCGGGCUACAGGUGGUAAACGCGCGCCCAUCCGCAAGAAGAGGAAAUAUGAGUUAGGUCGCCCGGCUGCCAACACUAAGCUCGGUGCGCAGCGCAUUCAUCUGGUUCGUUCCCGCGGAGGCAAUACCAAGUACCGCGCGCUGCGUCUUGAUACUGGCAAUUUCUCUUGGGGUUCUGAAUGUACCACCCGCAAGUCACGUAUAAUUGAUGUGGUAUAUAAUGCAUCCAACAAUGAGUUGGUGCGCACAAAGACACUGGUGAAGAAUGCUAUUGUUGUGGUAGAUGCCACCCCCUUCAGGCAGUGGUAUGAGUCACACUAUCUGCUGCCUCUUGGCAGAAAGAAGGGUGCAAAGUUGACAGAGGCUGAGGAGGCAAUCAUCAACAAAAAGCGCAGUAAGAAGACCGCCAAGAAGUACUUGACCAGACAGCGCCUUGCGAAGGUGGAAGCAGCCCUGGAGGAGCAAUUCCAUACUGGACGUUUACUAGCGUGUGUGGCGAGUCGGCCUGGCCAGUGCGGUCGCUCCGAUGGCUACGUGCUGGAAGGAAAGGAACUGGAGUUCUACCUAAGGAAGAUCAAAUCCAAGAGGGCUAAGUGAGAAGUGUAAUUGUAUAAAUAAAACCUAAAAAGCAA